GGCUACCGGCGUACGUAGAAUUUACUGAUCGCAACGCAAUGGCGGAAACACAAGAAAAAGCACUCGUUGCGAGAUGGUAUUUCGGUGGUUUGGGAGCGGCAGGAGCCGCAUGUUGUACUCACCCCCUCGAUCUACUGAAAGUUCAUCUACAGACAGCGCAAACAACGGGUAGAACGAGUGCUACUAAAUUGGCCGUUAAAAUUGUACGAACGCAAGGUGUAAGAGCCCUAUAUAAUGGAAUCAGUGCCUCAAUCGGUAGACAGUUAACUUAUUCUAUGACAAGGUUUGCAAUUUACGAGACGUUACGAACACAUUUAACUGGUGGUGAUCCAAAAGCUCCGCUACCUUUUUAUCAGAAAAUCCUCACAGCCGGUAUUGGCGGUGCUUGCGGAGGGUUUGUGGGAACUCCAGCUGAUAUGAUCAAUGUCAGAAUGCAAAACGACAUAAAACUUUCAGCAGAAAAUAGAAGGAAUUAUAAACAUGUUUUUGAUGGAGCAUGGAGAGUUUAUAAAGACGAGGGUUUUCUAAAACUGUUCAGAGGUGCUGAAGUGGCUACUUUCAGGGCUAUACUUAUGACCAUUGGACAGAUUGCAUUUUAUGACCAAACAAAACAGCUGCUUGUCUCAAACGGGGUUCUCAAUGACAACAUGGUUGGACAUUUUACCUGCAGUACAAUUGCGGGCACGCUAGCAACGGCCAUAACGCAACCAUUUGAUGUAAUAAAAACUAGACUAAUGAAUGCAAAGCCUGGUGAAUUCAGGAGCAUUGGACAUUGCAUUAUGGUCACAGCGAAACUUGGGCCGAUGGCUUUCUACAAAGGAUUCGUACCAGCAUUUGUACGACUGGCACCUCACACAAUCCUGACAUUUAUGUUCUAUGAACAGCUUAGAAAGAACUUCGGUUACAUCCCCAUAGUUCAGAAAAAAGAAAUUGUAGUGGAAAAAGAAGAAACUAUACCGGUAGUCGAGAAAAAAGAAACUGAUUAAAAUUGACCACAAGAAAAUUGGAAUUUUUUAAUAGUAAUAAUUAAUUGCUGUUUUUUUAUUUUAGUAUCGCAAAAAAAUAGAAUAUUUACGCAUGUUUGAUAUGUUUAAAAAGAAAGCUUAUUUUAGUAUUUGUUUGAGUAGUAAAGAUUCCCCAUCACAGCAAGGACUUUUUUUUAAAGCUGUGUUAUUGUCCUUCAGUACUAAGUGCUACUUUCCGAGGUGGGAAAAAAUUUCAUAUUUUAUAAACUGUGUCUUUUCAUUAGGCAAAUGUCAUCUCUUCACUUAAGAUUCAAUCGCUUCCCCAUAAAAGAAAGAUUACAAGUUUGAUUUUUGCAUGCAGUAAUUACCCCCUCCUCUUAUAAUUGCUGUGUGUAUGUUUUGAUUAUCCAUCAUCCCUCACUAAUUUAAAUACUGUUAUAAAUUAUAGAUUUUGGUGAAACCAAGAUAAAUAAGCUAAAAUUGCAUUUCACUAAAUUUACUGUAAACUUUAUUUUUAUUCAUAAGAUGCAUUUUUUUGUCAAAUUUUGUAGCACUGAAAACUUUAUUGCGAUUCUUCUAAAAAAUGUUGGCAAAAUAACACUUUGUGAAAUAACAGCAAAACUUAAGUAAGCAGUUUACAGUACUUUUAAGUGUUUUGCAGUGAGCAUGUUGAGGGGGUACUUCAAUUGAGCUACAUUGAAAGGUACUAACUUACAGAAAUAGAUUAUGCAGGGUUUUGUAUUAUUGUCACUUUAAAGUGUGGAUUUCAAUUGUCUAGCUUAUUAUCAUAUGGCAGAUGUAAAAAGUUUAUUUUUAAUGUUGAUUAGACAUUUCACUGGCAAUUGUAAUUAUCCAUUGUACAGGAGAGGCAAAAUAAGAUGUAGUAUUUUUAUGGAAAGCUUUCCUUUGUUAGAUGUGCUAUAUUAUCUAUACACUAUUUUAGUGGAUGACCAAAUUUCAACUGAAAAGGGGAUCUGUUGAAUGAACAGUGCCCUCAGUGGCAUAACUGACUCAUUUUUUUUUUGUUUUUAUCUAUUCGGGAAACACACAAGACAUAAGUGGGUGGGUAAAAGCUUUGGCCAUUUUGGGCUGGGUGUAACAUUUUUUUUUGUCUAUACCUAAAAUGUCUUUUUCCCUUCUGUAAUUUUGAGGUUGUGUGCAAGAGGCUGAAGUGACGAAACCUAAAUUGUUACAUGUGGUUUUCCAUUACAUCAUGCAGUCACCGAAUUAGUCGUCAUAUUGUAAUUUGGUUUUCAUAGUACACCACUUUUUUAAAAAAAAACUGAAAUAAUAUGUAGGCUCUGAAACAUAUUCACAUAGAUUUAAUUUAGCCUAUUUUACUUAUCAGCGAAAAUAGCAAAAUUAAAUCCCAGUGAAUAAUUAAUGCAUUUUCAGUAACUCAGAAUAGAAUGAGUAAUUCAAUUGAUAG